AUGCGGAGGAAAGGCGACAACGACAGUCCCUCACCUCCAGCGGAUGGGCUCACAAGACUAACCGUCAGAGCGGAUGCACACGAUAGCGGAGAGGUUGUCACGUGGAACGUAGAGUCGCGGACGAAAGCAGCAGGGCCCACACUACCAAAUAUGAACUUAGAAACCAAUUCCAACUGCGCAUGUUACCCUUGCAUAAUGCAGGGCUACUUCCCUCUUCGUCAAACCCACACACAUGCGGGGGACAAGAAAAAAGAUAACUGA